AUGAUAAUCUCCACUAUUGUAAAAUACAGUGAACGUUGUUAUUCAUCAGCCCGUGCACUUCCCGAUGGUUCUCAGCUAGUAAAAUGUAAGUGUGGUAUGGAAGAUUAUUCUCAAUACCAUCAACGUCAAAAUGAUCUACAACAACAUCAGCUUUAUAGACAAAAUAUACCAGAUUCACAACAGAUAACCGAAAGUUUUGAAUCGGUUCGGUUAUCGAACGAAACAGUUUAUCCACCUCAAUGGCAAUUACAAAACAUACAUUCACAGGGAAUCUCAUCCCAGUAUCCAUCUCAUGAUUUCUCUGUAUCUUCUCCAUCAUUACGCGGUCAAAUAGCACCACAAAACUUUAUGCCACCAUUUUAUCAAUGUAAUGCACCUGGUAUCAUGUUUCCAUUUUCCAAUACGGAUCAAGCUCUAGUACAAGAACCUUCAAUACCUAUUGUACCAUCAACAAUUGUUUCAAAUCCACAUUAUAAACCUGAAGGGUCAAUAAUACAGAUAGCACAAAAUAAUGGUAUUAGUUAUGAUAGCGGUGAUCAUUUAGGGAAUAGUGUUAGUCGUCCGAAUGUAAUACUUUCUACAUCAGAAGUAAAUGAUGCCGCUCCAUCUACAACAUCAAAAACUACUACCCCGACAAUGACAAUAGUUGCUGAAGCAACAGAGUCGACACCUGUGACCGAUGAUCCGUCAUUUGAACCUGUACAGUCCACAGGACUCAUUUAUAAUUUAAAAAAUUAUCGUUAUAAUUCUUUUUUAUUCGAUUUGUAUUGUGAUUUUGAUCCUGUUUGUGGUCAAUUUGGUAGUCCAACUGGUAUUUGUACGUUGCCGGAUGAUCGUUUACUAGUGGCUAAUUUUGACUGUGAUUCUAUGCUAUUAAUCGAUAUCUCGGGAGUUGUACAUGAAAUAUACAAAAAUUUAGUUUCGCCAAAAGCCGUUGUUCAUUUUCCAUUUGCACCACAAGCAGUUGUUGCCACGCGAAGAGAUCUUGCUCAACUAAACGCUUUGAAUUUAGUUGAAACUGGCAAACUCUCUCUACAACAUGUGGAGCAAGAACGAACACAACAACGUCCGAAAGUUUAUCCGUAUUCUGCCUAUUUUCUAUCGAAUUUAAUAUUUGUGUUAACUAAUCAUAAAAAUGUAUGUUCCAUACAGCAAUAUGAUUCUAAUUUUACCUUGAAAUCGACAUAUAACUUACCACCAUCUGUACAAUCCUAUUCUUUAUUUGUCGAUAACGAACAAAAGUGUUUAAUAGCGGAUACUACCAAUCAUCGUCUAAUAUCAGUAGAUAAACUUGGUCAACUUGAAGAGCAUGAAUGUGAAUCAAUACAUCAACCAUAUUCAUUCACAUUUUUAUCGAAUGGCGCAAUUUGUAUUACAGAUCGGACAAACAAGUAUGGAACAAAUGGCGGAAUUGGUAUUAUAUCAACAGAACCAAUUUAUCAAUCGUAG